AUGACCACCCUCCCUCUCCUUCUUCUUCUUCUCCUCUUCGGUCCCUCCGAUCCCGCCUCCGCCCGUGCCGCUGCUGCUCCUGCUGCUGCUGUUCUUGCUGCUGGAGGUGGUGAUAGGUAUGCUAUCAGUUGGGAUGACUUGCGUGUGGAUGUUCCGUCGCGCCAGGGGCUCAGCUCCGGUGUGCAUGGCGGCGGGGUUCAGAAUGGAACUCGAACUAGAAUCAUUGUGGUGGAUAAAACCUCCUCCGGCGACUCCACCACCGUGCAAGGGGCGGUGGAUUUGGUUCCUCAUAAUAAUAAUCUCAGAGUUAAGAUUUAUAUUCGUCCUGGCAUUUACAGAGAGAAGGUAUACAUACCCAUCACCAAGCCAUAUAUUUCAUUGAUAGGAAACAGGAAACGAAUGACAGACACUGUAAUUACGUCGAACAGCAAAGCUUCCGACAAAGAUGUCAGCGGACUCGAGCUCGGGACAUAUAGAACAGCGACGGUUGCAAUCGACUCCGACUACUUCUGUGCAUCAGGAAUCACAUUCGAGAACACAGUUGUUUCAGCGCCUGGAGAUAAGGGAAGACAAGCUGUGGCUCUAAGGAUUUCAGGAGAGAAGGCUAUGUUUUAUAGAGUCAAGUUCUUGGGACAACAAGAUACACUUUUGGAUGAUAUGGGCACACACUAUUUCUAUCAAUGUCACAUUCAAGGGACUAUUGAUUUCAUAUUUGGUACGGCUAGAUCGCUCUAUGAGCAAUGUGUGAUAACUUCCACGGCGGAGACCUUUGGAGCUAUAGCAGCGCAUCAUCGGAGCUCGCCGGACGAUGACACCGGGUUCUCUUUCGUGCGCUGCGUGAUUAAUGGAAGUGGCAGAGUACUCCUGGGAAGAGCAUGGGGGACCUAUUCAAGAACAAUAUAUUCUUACUGUUAUAUUGAAGAUAUGAUAAGUCCGUUAGGAUGGAGCGACUGGAGCGACCCAUCAAGACAAAGGACAGCAGUUUUUGGGCAAUAUAGAUGCAGGGGCAGCGGAGCUAACACAAAAGGUUGGGUGCCAUGGGCAAGGACUUUCACCUCCGAGGAAGUGAGACCUUACGUAGAUAGGAACUUCAUCAAUGGAGAACAAUGGCUUAACCUAUGA